UGUCGAUCGUACAAUCGUGCAACUCCCUUAAUGUUUCACAAUUUUGAAUCACUUCACUUCUGCUCUUACGCUAUCCAAUAUUUGAAAAGAAAGAAAAAUAAUAUGAAAUAUAUGUGAUAGAAAAUUAAUUUUCAAGCACAAUAAAAUAACACGUUAUAUAAAAUUAUAGUAAUCCAUUCAAAAUGAAUUUCAUUAACAAAUUUUUAAGACAUAGUUCAGAUAAUUUUAAGAAUAUAUUUAUAAGAAAACAAUAUAUGAAAACAGUAUCAUACGUACUGCAACGGUCACAGCACGUUCCUUCGACUAAUGCAUCCAAUAAAAUCAUUGGUUACUGGUUUCUGACUUGUGGUGGAAUGGUUUAUGUUGCAGUUUCCUUAGGUGGAAUAACUAGGUUGACUGAAUCAGGAUUAUCCAUGGUCAAUUGGAAACUUUUCGGAGAAAGAAUGCCAUCUGAUAAUGAUUCAUGGCAAGAAGAAUUCAAAAAAUAUCAAGAAUUUCCUGAGUAUAAAGUACUUAACAAAGAUAUGAGUCUAGAAGAGUUUAAAAAAAUUUGGUGGAUGGAGUAUGCUCACAGAAUGUGGGGACGACUUAUUGGAGCUGCAUUUUUUCUCCCAGCCACUUACUUUUGGGCUACCAAAAGAUUCAAUAAAAAUACGAAAAAAAGAAUAUUGAUGUUGGGUGGUUUGAUUGGCGCUCAAGGAUUAAUGGGAUGGCAUAUGGUUAAAUCAGGAUUAGAAAAAAACUUAAGCGAUCCUAACGAUAUACCGCGAGUAUCUCAAUAUAGAUUAGCAGCACAUUUAAGUUUUGCAUUAGCUCUAUAUGUUGGAUUUCUUCAUACUGCACUAGAUUAUUUAGCCCCAGUCAAAAUAAAUAAUAUGAACUUUUUUAGUUCCCAAAAUAUUCAAAGUCAGUAUAAAAAAAUUAAAAAAUUGCGUUUCUUUGCACAAUCUUGUAAAGGUUUGAUCUUUUUAACUGCGGUAUCUGGAGCUUUUGUCGCUGGUCUAGAUGCUGGACUAAUAUACAAUUCAUUUCCAAAAAUGGCUGAAUCAUGGGUACCUAGUGAAAUUUUUCACCUUCAACCAAUAUUAAGAAAUUUUACAGAGAAUCCUGCUACAGUUCAAUUCGAUCAUAGAUUACUGGGAAUAUCAACUUUAUGUUUUACCACCUAUGUGGGAAUAUAUUCAAUCAAGUAUAAGUUACAUCGUAGAGCUUGUAUAGCAGCUGUUGCUAUGACAGUUGUGGCUUACCUCCAAGCAUCUCUUGGAAUUCUCACAUUACUAAAUCAGGUGCCUAUACCUUUAGCUGCAUCGCAUCAAGCAGGUAGCGUAGCAUUGCUCAGUGCAGUUACCUGGUAUUGUCACGAAACAAAAUUUAUUAAUAAAUUAAAGACAAUGAAAAUGUUUUAAAAUUUAUUUAACUGUAAAUAGUAAUGUAUCUUAUCAAAUGUGUCGUUAUGUAUAUGAUCUUCAUAUUUGUCAACAAAGUUAAAGUCUUUGUUAAUCCUCGUUUUAAUCAUCGCAUCAUUGUAUGUAUAAAUAUAUUUAUUCCGUGUUUGAAUAAACAUUGUGAUCUUAAAUUAA